AUCAGAAAAUGGAAGAAGAGAGAGCAAAAGAAGAGGAAACAUGGAGCAGAGAAACAGUCCCAAAAGUAAUGAGAAUUGUGAGCUCAAGGCUCCCUCAAAGAGAUUUAAUUUCUCUUCUUCUCGUUAGCCCAUCUCUUCAUCGUACUUUACUUUCAUAUUCCUCUCUUUGGCUGGUUAUUGAUUUGCGUGAGAUGAAUAAUGCUGGAAAUAGACUUAUAGCUGCUCUUUCAAUGCCUAGAUAUCAGAAUGUGAAACAGAUAAACCUUGAGUUUGCGCAAGAUAUUGAAGACAGACAUCUCGACCUCCUUAAAACCAAGUGUUUGGGUUCUUUGCAAAACCUGGAGUCUUUGAAUCUGAAUGGUUGUCAGAAGAUCUCAGACAAGGGCAUUGAAAUUAUAACUACUGCUUGUCCUAAACUGAAAGUGUUCUCCAUUUAUUGGAAUGUAAGAGUAACAGAUAUUGGCAUACAGCAUCUGGUAAAGAACUGCAAAUAUAUUGUUGAUUUGAACUUAAGUGGCUGUAAGAAUAUAUCUGACAAGAGUUUGCAAUUAGUUGCUGACAAUUAUCAAGAGAUAGAAUCAUUGAACCUGACUAGGUGUGUCAAGCUAACAGAUGGUGGCUUGCAAAAAAUUUUGCUCAAGUGCACCUCUCUCAAGAGUUUAAAUCUUUAUGCCCUUUCUAGCUUCACAGGUGAAGCUUACAAUAAGAUAUCACUUUUAUCCCAUCUCUGUUUCUUGGACCUAUGUGGCGCUCAGAAUCUGUCAGAUGAAGGACUUGCCUGUAUAGCUAAAUGCAAGAAUCUUGUAUCUCUCAAUUUAACAUGGUGUGUACGUAUCACUGAUGCGGGGGUGAUAGUUCUUGCUCAAGGUUGCACCUCUCUUGAAUUUCUUAGCUUAUUUGGAAUAGUUGGGGUGACCGAUAAGUGCCUUGAGGUCCUUUCAAGCUUCUGCUCAAAGACGCUUACAACUCUAGAUGUAAAUGGAUGUGUCGGCAUUAAGAAACGGAGACGCGAUGAACUGCUUCAAUUGUUCCCAUAUCUGACGUGCUUCAAAGUUCACAGCUGAUCUCCGAAGCUGCCAUGUUUUUGUAAUGAAUCAACAGGUUUUCUUCUCAACACUUGAUAGUAUGAUGUCAGUAUGAUAACAUCACCAGUUCGACCCGUUGGUCAUGAUUAUGUCUCUGGUCUGACCAUUGGACCUCCCGACCCAGGGAUCGGCCCCUUGACUGAGUCAAGGCCCAGGUCAAGUAUUAAAACAUUUAUUGCAAGUUGAAGAAAAUUUUAUCACACAAAAUACAAAUAAACCUUCUUUACCCAUAUGUUUCUUUGUACAAAUUAUUGGUUGCCAUCGACAAAUUUAUGAGUCUAUCCCACUUACACUUCUAUUUUAUAUCUCAUGAAUCUCUCUUUAAAUAUGGAACAUAAACCAUCUCCUUCUGGAGAUUAAAACCGCAUCAAUCAAAUUAUAGUCUUCUACACUUUCGUUUUUCAUGCAUGCGUUGACUGGGAUUGUAUGACUAAACACACAAAAGUUGAUUGAAAUUACAAAUUUACUUUCGUUGGGAGAAAAUAAUGAGGUGGGAAGCAUGUGAGACGUCUUCUCGGAAAUUCUUGAAGCAUAUCAUCAAAUCAACUUUCCACCUCAACCACAAACUGCAAGUUUAUGAAA